GAUUAGCACACAAAUCCUCAUCUCAACGCUCAGAUCUACCUAUUCCUUUGCCUCAAGAUCAGCUCAUCGACUUCCCUUACAAGGGUUCUUCUUCUCCACUUCUCCACUUCUCCACAACGGCGGCGAACGAGAGAGAGAGAGAGAGAGAGAGAGAGAGAGAGAGAGAGAGAGAGAUGGGGAAAGCGGCGAAGGGAUCGAGAAAGGGGAAGAAGCCAUGGAGGACGAACAUUAGCACCGCUGACAUCGAGGACUACGUCGAUAACACCACAAAGGAGGCACUCGCUAGUGUCUCCACACCUCCGCAAUCCAUCUUCUUCGAGAACAAAUAUGAUGAUAAAUGAGUUUGUUCAGCCUGUUCCAUCUUCUAUGCUGAGGACACCAUCGAAAAGGAAGAAAGAGAAAGCCUGCGAGGAUAAAUCUCGAGCCCUGGUUACUUCUAAGGUCGACGAUGGUCUCGAUUAUGGAAAUCUUGACUUAUGGAGUGAAAAAGAUGAAAUCAAUGGGAAGAUCAAAAAGAAUAUGGCAUCUCAUAUUCUAGCUAUUGAAGUUGAGCCACCUGGAUGUUCCUUCAAUCCUCCAUUUGAAGCUCAUCAAGAUUCAUUGGCUCAAGCAGUUGUAGUUAAGAUUCAAAAGAUCUACAAGAGGAAAUUACAACCUGAGCUAGUGUCACUUAUUGUUACUGAUGAAGUACUUGACAAGGAAGUUGUGAGUAAUCUCAUGCCGUAACUAGCUAUUUUGCUUUGGUUUUUGUUUGAUCAUUGUAGCAAAAUUAAGAAGCAAGUGUGGGCUUCUCUUUAUUGUAACAGUUGUUAUAGUUCCUUGCUUAUGCUAAUGGUCAGUGAAUUGACUUUUA